AUGAGCAACGGACAAAUUAACAAAUGGUUCAUGUCGAAGCGGAAGAAUAUGCGAAAAGCAAAGAUCGAGACGAAAAUCACGCUAGAAAUGCUUCAGAAAAACGUCGGAUCCUUUUGGCCUGAGAAGAAAAACCAAGAAGAAGCUUCCAAAGUCAUCGAAAAACUCAUCCUUCAAAUGCAGGCUCUUCCUCCACGACUUUCCCGAAAGAAAUUAACGGUCGCAGAAAAACCCAUUCGUCCGGAGAUCUCGAAAACAAUCCGUCAAGACUUCCAGGCACUGAAGGAUGAUGAUCAAUCACCCGAGAAAGCGCUCGACAUUUGUGACGACUUCAUCGCUGAAACAGACGACCAGAACGAAUUGCCAUCUUACACCCUUCUCAGCGAAGAUGAAGGCCCUGAAAUUUGCCUUCCGAUGUACUACCAAAAUGCGAUCGAGUUUAUCAACAAACAACGAGUCUAUUAUUCCUCUGACAACACCUUCGAACUGCUCUGGUCUCUCAACUGCCAAUAA